GACUGGGCCUGGAUGUCUUACAUAGUGGCUCAGAGUCUUAGUCUUGCCAGCUCACGGAGCACAUGCCAUCCCUUCAAGUGUUUCGGCGUGCAUACAUGCCUGGCUAUGGCUCUGAUUACGGUCCUUGGCGCUAUCGUCUCUUUCCCGAGCACGAGCUACGUGCUCAGAUCCUGAAACGCUGCACAACUAAUAUCUCAAGUGACAGAGGGAGCCUUAGUGCUUCUUUUCAGCCUCACGUUAGUUCGGCUAACGAGGACAGAUCUCUGAUCAUGGAUUUAAGCCUUCCAAAUGGUAUCUGGAGCUUGACCUGUGUCUUCGAUGGCCAUGGAGGGCAUGAAACAGCUGACUACCUUGUCGCCGAAUUACCCUCCCUUUUAACGGCUGGAUUGUCAUCUACAAUGGCCAACUUGGAGGGAGUUUCCGAUGCUCUCACCCGAGCGAUUUAUGACAUCGAUGAAGCCAUAAAACGGGAUUUCCUCGAAAUAUUCCCGGAAGAAAUCGACGAGAUAGCUACGAUGUCAGAUACCACAGUCAAGGCGCGGGUUAAUGACCAGUGUUCUGGAGGACUAAAUCAUCGGAAAGCCUUGCGUUGCAUGAGGGGAUCCACAAUCCUAUUAGCGCUCGUUGAUCCUACAAAGACACAUCUUUGGGUAGUAAAUCUCGGUGAUGGCGUUGCGGUGCUCGGAAGUAGACGAGACGCGAAUUCACAGUGGAAUGCAUCUAUCUUGAGCGAUAAUCACAAUGGAAACAACCCUGCUGAAGCCGAUCGCAUCAGACAGCAGCAUCCUGAUGAACCAGAAUGCAUUUUCGAUGAUAGAGUGUUCGGUAAUCUUGCCGUUACAAGAGCUGUCGGCGACCAUGCCUUCAAACUAUCUCGCAUCUACACCGAUAAAAUAUUUUUGAACGUAGAACCGGGAUUUCGUGUCCCUGCUGCGAUCAAGUCAUUCAUUCCACGAAAUAUGAGCCCACCAUAUGUCUCGAAUCUUGCGAGCGUUCGUUACGUCGACCUUCAUGCGCAGUCAAGCUGCGACUACUUCAUUCUGAUGUGUUCCGACGGGCUGGUUGACCUUUACACGGAUGACCCAGAUCGCGCCGAACCCCUUACAUCUCUCGUCCAGAAGUGGGUGGAAAUAGUAGGUGAUGUCGUGAGAGAUGACAUCCAGGAGGCAAUGCUGGGCUUGUUAAGACACGCUCUGGGCGCAGAAGACGUCGACAGCGUCUCCCGUAUGCUUACCGUUGACAUGCCUGUCGCUUACAUGGAUGACACUACUAUCGUCUUACAAGUGCUGUAG